AACCAGGAUCUUUCUAUCGCAGACCACAACGCGUUUGAAUUCGAGUCUCUUUUUUUAUUUACAUUGUUAGCCGCGUAUUUAUAUGCAGCAGUACUGAAUCCCAAAGAAACCCAAACGUAGUAUAAGCGAUAAGUUGCAAAUUUGGGCAUCCUUAAUAUUUUCUUCUCAGUAUCAUUUCGGUGGCAUGAUGAAAGGUUCCAGUGCUUGGGUUCGUCUGACCAUUUUACUGUCAGUGGCCCCGUCCGCACGGUUCUUCUAAAGAAUCACGGCGGAACGACGUUUACGUUCCGGCUGGCCAACUAUUUCCAGGAUGGCAUGGUGCUGGAGUUUGACAGUCCUGGCUCGGUGUUGUGGGGCUACGGAAAGCCUGGAGCAGGCGUGGACGUUGCAGUUUUCGGCGACAUACUGUCCACCGACAUUAAUGAUGCCGGCAUGUGGAAAAUGUCCGUAUGGGCCACUUUAGCGGGUGGACCUUUUCACAUGGACGUCUACCAGACAGAGCGCGGCAACUACACCGCUCAUGUCGGUCUGUGCGACGUUUAUUUCGGCGAAGUGUUCCUGUGCGGCGGUGAGGCCAACAUGGCGUUUCCGGUGGCCAAGAUGUUCAACGGUUCGGAAGAACUGGCUGCAUCCUCACAAUUUCCUCUGAUUCGUUUGCUGCCCAUUGCACCGGCAUCGUCCUCCAUCGAGCUGCAGGAGCCACGCAUCCUUCACAACUGGACAGUGGCGAGCCCAGCUGCACUGCAGGACUUUUCGGCACUGUGUUGGACGACGGGACGGCGCUUGUACGAAGAUCUUCGGGCAAGAUUUGGCGAAACUCCGAUCGGCUUGAUUGGCGCCUACCAGGAUGCCAGUUCUCCCGUCCGCACCUGGACACCUCCGGGGAGUAUCGGGCAGUGCGGAGGCAGCGUGCCCCAGCCGGCAAGCGACUCCAAGCUGUGGAACGCCAUGAUUGCCCCGCUGAAGCAGCUGCGGCUGACCAGCGUCAUCUGGUACCAGGGCGAGUCGGAUGCCGCCGUCGAUACCGCCGCAUACGGCUGCUUAUUCCAGGCCAUGGUGGAGGGAUGGCAGGAUCAUUUCUACCGCGGCAUUGCCCUGCCCUUCGCUAUCGUGCAGCUGGGCACCAGGAAUGCGGACAACACACCGGGAGCCACCGCCCGGUUGCGGUGGGAACAGACGACGGAUUACGGGCAGGUGCCCAACGAGGCGCUGGUGCGCGUCUUCAUGGCGUCGGCGAUGGAUCUGGCGGAUCCCGAGUCGCCGUUUGGCUCGCAGUUCCCGCCUUACAAAGAAGACAUCGCGCAGCGUUUACUGGCCGGCAUCAUCUCCAUCAUAUAUUACCGGCAUAUCCCCUUCCAGGGACCCUUCCCGCAGCGAAUUCAUGUCAGCCGGGAUCAUGUCUCUCUAGAAAUUGA